GAGGCGUUCCCCGCCAAGCUCGCGGCGUCCCCUCUCCUCCAUUCCCGCGCUUUGAUCCCCACCACCACCCCACCCCACCGCGCCAUCCUCCAUCCCAUCGUCCUCGCCGCCGCCGAUGCGUUCCCUCCCCCGGCCUCCCCCUCCCCCGCCUCCGCCACACGAUGUUGCACACCACUCCGAUCUUGACGGAGGCCAAGCGGCACGACGCCGCCGGCAAGAAGGCGGUCGCCCUCACGGCCGCGAUGAGGCGCUCGGGGCCCAAGGGUCGCGGCAGCGGAGGGGGCGAGGCGGAGGGGAAGGCGGCCGUCGCCGUCGACGGCGACAAGAGCAGCCAGCACGCGCUCAAGUGGGCCGCCGACCACGUCCUCUCCCGCUACCAGCCCUUCUUCCUGGUCCACGUCCGCCGCAAGAACGCCGCGCUCAACCCCGCCGGCGGGAAGCAGUUCUCCACGUCGCACGUGCAGGAGGAUGUCGCGGCUUGUUUUCUGGCCCAGCUGGACCUUCAGACCAAAGAGCUGAUGCUGCCUUUCCAAUGCUUCUGCAGCAGAAGAGGGUUGCAAUGCAGGGAUGUCAUUCUUGAUGGAACAGAUGUGUCGAAAGCUAUCGUGGACUUUGUUGUAAAAUAUAAUGUUGACAAGAUUGUGCUGGGAGCAUCAUCUAAGAGUGCAUUUACAAGAACAAUUUGGAAAAUGGAUGUCGCUACAUCUGUUACAAAAAAUGCACCAAACUUCUGUUCAGUGUAUGUGAUUGCAAAAGGAAAGUUAUCUACUUUUAGGCCAGCCACUCAUGCAAUCGACAAUGAUACAAGCAAAGAGGAUAUGAAAUCUGAUGCACCUGGCAAUGGGCCUUUAGCUGUACAAAGUGAACCAACACCCAAGUUCCCUGGCGAAGAACCUUCUUACAGGCUGAUGUCGACACACGCUGCUGCGCACAUCGGUACCAAUUUUGAUGAAGCAGCACAACAUGGCAACCUCAAGGCACUAGUUCAACAGAGAAGUGCUGAUUCACAUCUUUCAAAAACAUCUUCAUGUCCAAGUGAAUUCAUAAGAGUUGUGAAUAAACAAGGCAAUCAUUUGUCUCCAGAAUAUCCCGAGAAUCGUAGAGAAACCUUGUUUUUGCUAAAUAAGGACAAUGAGCAUCCAUUCCAGGCUCCACAUGAAGAAUACUUGGGCAUUGAUGAUAAUGCACUUAGUCUUGAAUAUAAUGCCUAUGGCUCUUUAACCCCAACUGGAGAAUGUGCUUCAUCAGCUUCGAACUAUCAAGCAGAUGAUGUGAAAGCUGAUCUGAGGCAAUUUCAGAAAAGGAAUGGCAAUAUGCUUCGGAACUACAAAGAGUUACCUCUUGGGGACGAAGAUGGGACAGAAAACUUGCAUGCCGUUGAUGAACGAAAAGAUGGUCCUUUACUUGGUAGACAAGGUGCCAAACCGAAUUCAGCGGUUCGUGGCCCAAAGCAAAACCUCUUGACACUUGAAACUUUAUCUUCCGACCCUCAGCAUAGAGAAAGAAUCACAGAGGAAUUUAUGGAUCACAGUGCCCAGAAACAAGUUAACCCAAUGUUGCGACGCUUGCCUCCAAAAUUUUUCUCACCUCGAAAUGAUAUAUAUGGAUCCACUCCUGAGGAGAAACAUAAACUUGAAUUGAACAGCAAACCCUUGCCAAGGCCAAUUGAGACUAAAAGAAUACUAGAGUGUCUCCCUACUAGAUUAGAGUGCAGAUUGUAUAAUCCAAAUGAAAUCGCGAAGGCGACCAAUAAUUUCUCAGAAGACCUGAAGGUUGGGGAAGGAGGUUAUGGACCAGUCUAUAAAGCUACACUUAGUAAUACCCCUGUUGCAGUCAAGAUUCUUCACUCCAAUGUAACUCAAGGCCUGAAACAGUUUCAACAGGAGAUUGAUCUGCUGAACAACCUUCGGCAUCCCAACAUGGUACAACUAGUGGGUGCUUGUCCCGAGUAUGGUUGCCUAAUAUACGAGUACAUGCCGAAUGGUAGCCUCGAGGACCGGCUCUAUUGUCGUUCAAACACUCCGCCACUGCCAUGGCAGCUCCGUUUCAAGAUUUCAGUGGAGUUAGCCACUGGCCUGCUCUACCUACACAAAAUGAAGCCUGAAGCCUUUGUUCACCGAGACCUCAAGCCUGGGAACAUCCUCCUUGGCGAAGAUUUCGUCUGCAAGAUCGCCGAUGUUGGUCUCGCCCGCAUCAUCCCCCGAUCGAUGGAUGACACAAAGACGCAGUACCGGAUGACCGACGCAGCGGGGACCUUUUGCUACAUUGAUCCUGAGUACCAGAAGACAGGACUGGUCAGCACAAAAUCUGAUGUGUAUGCCCUCGGCAUUAUCUAUCUUCAGAUGAUCACCGCAAAGGACGCCAUGGGGCUCGCCUACGCUGUAUCUGAUGCACUGGAAGAAGGGACCUUUGAGGAUCUCUUGGAUAGCAGAGUGACUGGCUGGCCGGUGGAGGAGGCGAAGAGGUUUGCCGAGCUUGCACUGAAAUGCUGCGAGCUGCGGCAUAGAGACCGCCCCGAUCUGGAAUCUGUUGUGCUACCUGAGCUAGUCCGUCUGCAUGCACUAAGUGUGCCAUCUGAACAUCCUUCCAUGGACCAAUCCCAUCAGCGUUCAGCCAGUGACAAGGAAUGCAGGAUUUAAUUUUGGUUGAUGGCUUGUCUGAGAUUCUUACCGAAGGGAGUGCGAAGGCAGGAUCAUUUUCAGCAUAGCAAUAUGAGGACCAGGAGUAGGGCGUGUCAGCUGUCGCACUGGAACCUGGCAGCUGUUCCAACUUUGAUGUAGAUACUGCACUAUCCCAGCAAAAAAAUUCAGAUUGUUGUAGUUCUUUCUCCGGAAAUGUUUAAAUCAACAAACCUGUACAUUUAACAUACAAUUUUGUAGCUCACAUCUGCUAGUACAGAAGAAGUCACACUUUCAUGACCUGGAUCAAUCACAUGCUACUUUCCUGUCAUCCAGGGCCGAGGACUUUGAUCCGGACUGGGAAUUAUGUAAACAGACUCGGAGAGAGAUUUGCUGUAAGGACAUAUUUCUGACAAAGAUUACUGUAAACAACAAGGGAUCACAUAAAGAACGAAAAUGUUACAUAAUGGAAGACUCGGUCACACCUAAAUUGUGCAUUUCUUAUCCACAAUUUUUUGACGGAAAGCUACUCGGCCAUUUUAGUGAUUAACAACGACAGUUACAUCGUUCAGAAGAAAAGGCAAAGAGGAAACUAGGGGGUUCAUCGACCCAAGUACAAGCUUCAGGAAGUAGAGAAACAGACCUAGCUACCUCAUGUGCCCCCAAAGUAGCUUCCCUUGGGCAGUGUUCAAAUCUAGCUUUGUCAAAUCCACUAGCUGUUACUCCCCCCGUUCUUUUUUAUAAGACAUUUUAGCCAGUCCGCUUUGAACUGUUAUGGGCGUGUCUGAAAUGUGUAAAACAUCUUAUAAAAGGGAACAGAGGGAGUACAUGGCAGUCAUGAAAAAUAUCAGAGCAGAGCUUGCUGUUGCUGAUACACCACCAUCACAUA